CAUCCAACCCCAAUGCAAAAGCAAGAGGAAUGACUAACAAAAGUUUCCCAGUAGGCUUCAUCCUUCUUGGGUUCUCUGAAUGGCCCCAGGAAGAGUCGGUUCUUUUCUGGAUUGUGAUCAUGCUGUACCUCAUGACGAUCCUGGGCAACUCCACCAUCAUCUUGCUCUCGUGCAUGGACCCUCGUCUCUACACCCCUAUGUACUUCUUUCUUAGCAAUCUCUCCUUCUUGGAUAUCUGCUUCACCACAAUCCCGGUGCCCCAGAUGCUGUCAAACCUGUGGGGGCCAGACAAGAGCAUCACCUAUGCAGGCUGUGUUAUGCAGCUCUGCAUGUUUCUCUGUGUUGGGGCCACAGAAGGCGUCCUGCUGGUGGUCAUGGCCUUUGACCGCUAUGUGGCUGUCUGCCAGCCUCUGCGCUACACCACCAUCAUGCACCGUCCACUCUGUUGGAAGCUGGUGCUUAUGGCCUGGCUGUGUGGCCUGAUGGAGUCUCUGACCCAAUCUCCCAUCACACUCCAGCUACCCUUCUGCUCCCAUCACCACCUGGACAGCUUUAUGUGUGAUGUUCCUGCCCUCCUGCGCCUGGCCUGUGGAGACACCUCUGCCACUGAGUGGCAGAUGACCAUUUCUGCUGUCAUCUUCACCAUGCUGCCUGUGGGGUUGAUCCUGACUUCUUAUGGAUGUAUAGCUCAAGCAGUAGUAAAAAUGAAGGCAGAGGAGGGGAGGCAGAAAGUCAUUGCCACCUGUUCCUCCCACCUCUUUGUGGUCUUCAUGUUGUAUGGCACAGUGGCAGUUGUGUACAUAAACCCUAAGACCAACUUUACUUCAACAUAUGGCAAGUUCUUCACCUUCUUCUACACUGUGGUCACACCCAUGCUGAACCCUCUCAUCUAUACUCUGAGAAACAAAGAAGUGAUGGGUGCUCUUCAAAGAGUGUUGAGAAAGGGGAUCUGCAUAAGCAAAAGUAGAUGAUUGAGAAUUUGGACCAGAAAGGAAGUUGAAAGUCAUGACUGCUACUUACUCAUUUUUUAGUCUUUAAAUAUUUCCCCAAAGGAAGUUUUGAUCAAAAAGACUAAAUUAUUUUCAUUUUUAUCCUUGAUACUUUAAAUAUCACCUUGCUAAGUAAAUAUCCAAAUGCAAUACCAUUUGUGUCAUACAAUAAGUGUUCAAAAUGUAGUUGUCUUGGGUAAAUAUUAAUUUCAACAUUAACUUUUGAGGCAUAUAUAUUAUUUUUAUGCAACUUAAUAAUGAUGAACAGAACAUUCUGGAAUUUAUAAAAAAUAUGUUUGAUGUUAUUUGGGAUUUAAAGUUGAAAAUAUAAUAAUAAUUCAUGGGGAGGACUGUAUACCAUAGAUUAGCUUAGACAAACCUGAAAGGGGGGAUUUCCUUGGAGUUUCCCUGAGUUCUUACUACAUUUGCAGCCUUUCCUUUUUAAUUUG